GAUGAAAAGUGAGAAGAUUGUGGUCAGAUGAGCUAAAUUAUGACGGAAGAAAGCUGAUGAUUCAACAUUGGAAGAAAUGUUACUCAGUAAAUUUUUGUCCUCGAUGGAAAGUUUCUGCAAAGUUGCAGAUUGAGGUUGGCGUGUCCAUUGAUCGUGUUCAGUAUAAUUGGAUUUGGCCCCAGCCUCCCAGGUUCCUAAGAGGAAUGGAGUAAUGAUACAGUGCCUUUGUUAUUCGUUGAAGUGGGAGGCUCUGGAAUUCAUCGUUGCUGCGUAUAUAUUGUAUGGAUGAUUCUAACCUCUAGCUUUCAUGAGAGCAUCUCUUGGAGUGUUGCUGAUUGGAGCCAUCAAACUUUCUUUGGAUGUGUUCUCUUCUAGCUGAUUUCAAUCCUUCUUCCAGGAGCAGAGCAAUAAUAUUAUACGGCGCUGCCUGGCUUAAUUGGGUCAAUGACAUGCCUUAAUGUUAUUGGAGUAUUGCUAAAUUCUUCCUUUAUGCAGAAAUUUGAGUCAAAGAACUUGGAGACCUUGGAGCCUGUCAUAUGUGAAGAUAAGAAUAGUGAGAAAGCUGAUAAAUGCACGCCACAAUUAGAUGGGCAAUGCAUGCCCACUGUUUUUCUAGAAGAUGUUGGAAAAGUGAAUGAUUUUCUUGAGAAAGGAUGCUCACUCUUUGGAUGUUCACAUUAUCGGCGGAGGUGCCGCAUCAGAGCUCCGUGUUGUAAUGAAAUCUAUGAUUGUCGCCAUUGUCAUAACGAGGCAAAAAAUAGUAUCAAUGUGGAUCAGAAAGAUAGACAUGACAUGCCACGCCAUGAAGUCAGUCAGGUGAUAUGUUCCCUUUGUGGCACUGAACAACAGGUCCAGCAGUUCUGUAUAAACUGUGGCGUGUGCAUGGGGAAAUACUUUUGUGCGACGUGCAAGUUGUUCGACGAUGAUACAUCUAAAAAGCAAUACCACUGCAGUGGAUGUGGAAUAUGCAGAAUUGGAGGGAGUGAAAAUUUCUUUCACUGCUACAAGUGUGGUUGCUGUUAUUCUAUUUCGCUCAAGAACAGCCACCCUUGUAUAGAAGGAGCAAUGCAUCAUGAUUGCCCUGUCUGUUUUGAGUAUUUAUUUGACUCGAGGAACGAUGUGACUGUUAUGCCAUGUGGACACACGAUUCAUCAGAACUGCUUAAAGGAGAUGAGAGAUCAUUUUCAAUAUGCUUGCCCCCUUUGUUCGAAGUCCAUUUGUGAUAUGUCCAAGGUCUGGGAGAAAUUCGAUUUGGAGAUUGCUGCAACACCGAUGCCAGAGCCUUACCAGAAUAAAAAGGUGUGGAUUCUUUGCAACGACUGUGGGAAAACCUCUCAGGUGCAAUUCCAUGUAGUGGCUCAGAAGUGCCUGAACUGCAAGUCCUACAAUACUCGCCAGACGAGAGGCUGAGCUUCCCCUCUAAGGACUAUCCCCGGACAAUUAUGAUGGAUGUGAAGUCGCAGCGCAUUCCUGAAGUGGCAUCCCAACAUCGACUCGAUGAAUCAUGGCUCUCUCCAAGUCCAAUGCGCUUGUUGGCGGUUCCCUUUUUCCCUCAAUAUCUGUACCCAAAAGGAGUUGGAAAUUCAUGGUAAUUGCACUGAGCGAGCAGCACUUCUGCUGCGAUUUGUACCUUUUCAAAUAAGCUGGCAUCUGGGGCACCGGAUGUUUAUUCGAUCUUUCAGUCAUAGCUAAAGGCGAUCCCAUUUCGAUGGGCUGCAUUUGAAUUGGGUUUCCCCAAAAAUAAUUAUUGUAUGGAUCGUUUCGUCGAUGUUGACUAUUCUUUCAAUGGUCAUUCACAAAUUCCA